UUUCAUAUCGAUAGCCGCAUUUCGCAAAGGAGGAGAGACAGAGAGAGAGAGAGAGAGGGGAGAGAGAUUGAUUGAGCGAAGAUGAAGUACAAUCCAAGAGUUACAAGCUCUCGCCGGAAGAACAGGAAGGCCCAUUUCACGGCGCCUUCAAGCGUCCGAAGAGUGUUGAUGAGCGCGCCGCUGUCAUCCGAACUCAGAGCUAAGUACAACGUCCGAUCUAUGCCGAUUCGCAAGGAUGAUGAGGUCCAGGUCGUUCGUGGAACCUACAAGGCUAGAGAAGGAAAGGUUGUUCAGGUUUACAGGAGGAAGUGGGUGAUCCAUAUUGAGAGGAUCACAAGGGAGAAGGUGAAUGGAUCGACAGUCAAUGUUGGUGUUAACCCUUCUAAGGUUGUUAUCACCAAGCUCCGUCUUGACAAGGAUCGUAAAUCUCUACUUGACCGCAAGGCUAAGGGACGUUCAGCUGCUGAUAAGGACAAGGGAACCAAAUUCACAGCUGAAGAUAUCAUGCAGAACGUGGAUUAAAUUUGGCUGGUUUAUGGGUAUUAUUAUUAUCUUGUUCUAUGAAUUUCUUGCAUCUAGUUUGAUUAUUUUGAAUUUUGAAAUUAGUAGUUCUAAUGAAACUUUGAUUUUGUUGUUGCCUUUCUUUUAUAAAACUCUACUGUUUGCUUUAUUUAAUAUCAGGGUUCCUUAUCCAUUACUAUU